AGUGGUGGCCCCUUGUCCACUGUGGUGAAUUCUCUGACUGACACAAGCAAGCCAAGCGCUCUCGCUCUCCGCUCAGAUCUUUCGUGGCAUCUUCUCCUCGCCUUGUUUAUCCAGCUGCUGGGCGCUCGAUCCGCGCCUAGAUGCCGUCCAGGGGCUCCUGCGGCGCCAGACGACGACGGCGACGGAGAUUUUGGGGGGAUCUCUUCGAUUCUUCUUCUUCUUCCUCCGCGAAUCGCCGCCAAGAAGCGCAAGAAGGCGUGAAUCGAGGCGGAUUGUAGCGGCGCCGCGGCGUGGAUCCGCCGCUGCGCAUUCCAGUUCCAGAGGAAGAUUUGGCUGCUCUAGCCAUGGAUGAAAUUGAGCUUCUGCGAGAGACGAUGCUUCGCCAGGAGCUAGUCUUCACACAGCAGGUGCGUGAAUUGCAUCGGCUGUACCAGAGGCAGAAAAUUCUCAUGACGGACAUGGGAGUGAUAAAUCCUUCUCGGGAUCAGCGCUGCGGUACAAGGGAUCUCCUCCACAGCCUAGAGGAGGAUCGCAUUGAUAGCAGCGGUUUUAGUAGGCGAGCAAAGAGGCAAAAGACGUUUGACUUGGAGCAAAUUCCUGACGACAAUGACGAGGACACCGAGUACGUGUUCGAUACGUCCUCUCGAGCGAGGAACUCUCUCCCAGCUGAUCCCACGAUGAACUUCUCGGGGAAAUCCGGAAGGGACUCGAGUCAUACAAACUUGCGGGAAAUUAAGCUGGAGGACGAGCAGCCAUCCAGGCCUUUGCAAGAGAUGGCGUUGUUUCCAACUCUUCCCCGCAGCAGGGAAGAUUCGGAUGAUCGUCAAUGGGCCUCUUUCCCGGCAGCAAAGAAUGGACUGGAGUGGCAGCACCAAAACCAGUCAUGGAUCAGCCAGAAUUUUGGAAGAACAGCGCAAGUCGGUGAUCCAUGGAACGUUUUUCAGAUUACAGGCCAAAGCUAUCAAGCAGAAAACUAUGGCUACAACUCUUUCGCGGCCAUUCCUGAGAUGAUGAUUAUGGCGUCCAAAAGCUACGCGAAUGGAAACGCUGGCGUAGAAAAGAGCUUUGCACCGUCAUGGCAGCCUUACUCGUACAUCACGCAAGAAAUCCUCAAGAACAACACAUUCAUCGGCCACAAUCAGAGCAACCUUUCCUCCAGAACCUCGUGGUUUUCUUCCGCCAACAACAUUCCCAGCAAGCCGCUGCCUCCUCUCGUCGAGAACAAUCUACCUCUAAAGCCCGAUACGGCCACUAUUGUAAGCAACAUCACUCACGCCGUCGACAGCGAGAAAUCGUUGAGUAGAAGAAAAACCAGCAGCGAAGUUGGCGAGGAAGUGAAGAUUGACAGCAAGGUUACUGAGAAGAACAGAGUAUUAGGAGCUGGGACUUCGUGUACAGAGGAUUUGGCUAGAAACCUCGAGCUCCAGGAUGCUUCGACAACUAAUUCAGUAGUGAUCAACUCGGUGGCAAAGGAGGGACUUAGCAAGGUAGGAUUAAGCAAGGCUAGGACGAUGUCAAUGGAGGAUUCUUUGGACCUUGUGACUAUCAGCGACACCAUAACUUGGGCAGCGACAAUUCUACUCAGCUUUUCUCCUCGUUGCUCCACCGCGACAGUCAAGCUGUGCAAGAACCGCGACGUCGAGGGUGCAAGCAAGCCUGGAGUGUCCGACUUGAAGCUUUUCAAGUCGGUGGUGACGAUGCUCAAGCAGCAGAGCGGUGGGAAGCUGACGAAGUCUGGCAGGAAGUUCGUUGUCAGCGACGACGAUCAGUCUCUGAGCAAAGGCAAGACGAUCGCGGCACUGUUCCAGCGGACCCUGUCGAGUGCAACGAAAGAAAAGGAUCAUCAGCACUACAAGAAGCGGAGGCGAAAGAAGAAGAUCGAGGUGGUGGCGGCAGAAGAAGUUGAAGAAGAACAGAGCGAAGAAGAAGACGACGAAGAAGAAGAAGGGGUGAUGUGCUCCCGGACGCGCAGGAGCAGCUUGCGCGAGUCGGUGCAUUCAAACGGGAGUGCCGUUGAGACGAUGACAAGAACGACAGCAGCGACGCCGCCGCCGCCAAGGAAAUCGAGGAGUUUGUCUCAGAGUACUAGCAGCAGCGCCGCCGCCGCGGCUCAAACGCAGCACACUUGGUUGUGGGGCGACGUAACUCGGCGCAAGCGAAUGCAACGGCCGCGGCACCAGCACCAGCCGACUUUGAGGCCUCAACACCACCAAGUCCGAUGCCAGAACUGACCGAAAAGAUCGAAAGACAAAAAAAAUAGUUCGCGCGGGGAGAUAGAACAGCUACGAAUCAGCGACCGAUUGAAAAGAGUCCAAUCAAAUCCAUCACCAACACGACGACAAGUUCUUCGCUCUCUCUCUCUCCUCGGCGACGCAACGAUUGAUUUAUUACUCCCGAAAGACCAGCCAGCGAGCCAGCGAAAGGCAAGUUCUCUCUUUCUCCAUUGCUUCCAUCUCGAGGUUCUCUUUCGCAGCAAACAGCUCGACACACAGCGAAUUUGCGAAGUUAUUGUCUUUCAAGAUAGCGAAAACGAGCUUUUUUUUCUUUUUGUUUCUUUCACUCUCUUCUAGGGAAUUAAUUGCCUGUUCCUGUUCUUGGGAUUUCGGCACCAUGAAUGAGAAGGUUCUCCUCUCUCUCACUGGGCCAGAAGCUGGUAACAACGGAAUCGAGACAGUGGGUUAUAGUUUGUUGCAGAGAACUCCCACUGUUUUAACAAUCAAGGCAUUCUUUUUCUUUCA